AUGAGAAGAGCUUACCUUAUUUUGGGUGCUUUAUUGGGGGUAGUUUCUAUUCUCAAACUGCAAUCACUUUUGCAAGCAGGGAGAAGCUGCUACAAAAGGCAUAGCUUGGACGGGUACUAUAUGAAAAGGUCAAGGGGCGCUACCACAAAGUAUGAUUUUGAUCGAGGAAGAAAUUUAAUAAAACCAUUGAAACUCUCUACCAACACAUAUGACGAUAAUGCCCUUGAUCAUGAAAGUGAAAUUCACACGCAGAAGGAAAAUGCCACACUAUUGAUGCUUGUAAGAAAUUGGGAAAUCGCUGGCGCUCUACGAUCAAUGAGAUCCCUAGAAGACAGAUUUAAUCAAGAUUAUCAUUACGAUUGGACGUUUCUGAAUGAUGUUCCGUUUGACAACGAGUUCAUCGAAGCUACAACUGCAAUGGCAAGUGGCAAAACUCAGUAUGCUCUAAUUCCUCCCGAAGAUUGGGACCGUCCGACAUGGAUAGAUGAAAAACGAUUCGAGAGAGGCUUACAGCUACUAGAAGAUAAAGGUGUUCUCUAUGGUGGCUCAAAAUCAUACAGAAAUAUGUGCCGAUUCAAUUCUGGAUACUUCUUUAGACAGAAAAUUUUAGAUAGUUACGACUACUACUUUCGAGUGGAACCCGAUGUUGAAUAUUUUUGCGACUUCCCGUACGAUCCCUUCAAGGUGAUGAGAGAAAAGAACAAAAAAUAUGGGUUCGUGAUUAGUCUACAUGAAUACGAAGAUACGAUUCCAACGUUAUGGGAUGCUAUUGAAGAAUACAUGGAAGAAAAUAAGGAUGACAUUGACAUGGAGAAUAAUUCCUACAAAUUCGUGACAGAUUGCUCUAUGAUUGGAAAAUAUGGACCUAUUGUCAAUUCCAAUUCAGAUUAUAAUUUGUGUCACUUUUGGUCGAACUUUGAAGUUGGAGACUUGAAUUUUUUCAGAGGUGAAAGAUACAGACGCUUUUUUGAAUACUUAGAUUCAAAAGGUGGAUUUUACUAUGAAAGAUGGGGAGAUGCGCCCGUACACAGUAUAGGAGUGUCGUUACUGUUGAAUCGUGAUGAGAUAAUACAUUUUGAUGAGCUGGGCUACACCCAUGUUCCAUUUACUACAUGCCCUAGUGCGUAUUAUUUAAAAUUACAACAAAGAUGUCAAUGUAACUCCGAUGACGAGAGUAACAUAGAUAUUUCACCUAAUAGUUGUUUGAUGAGGUGGUGGAAAAAUGGAAGCGGCAAAUUUUUCUUGAAAAUCUGA